AUUCAGCUCUCAGUUUAUUGCUGAAGCUUGGAGAGUGAUGCACGGACUGCAUACAAUUUUUUGUUUUGUUUGGUUUUUUUAUUAAUAAAAACUCACAUUAAUACACCAAUAUUUGUAAUUUAAAACGGAAAAUCGCAUUUUAGUAAAAUCCCAACAAGUUAAAGUGCAAAAAGAAAUUGUUUAAGAAUAAAAAAUACAAGUAUUGCAAGAGAAUCACAAAAGAAAUCCGUAAAAUACCUACACCAGACACCGCGAAGACAAAAACCAGUUUGUUCUCGAAAUUAUUGAGAAAAUAAGAAAAAAAAAUAAAACUAAAAAAAGAUUGAGAAAAAGAAGAAGAAGAAAAAAAACACAAACAAAGCUCUUCUUGUGUAAAUAUUUUGCAUGUCUUUUGGCUUGAUGUGAGUGUUUGUUGUGAACGAAGAAUAUGAUAAUGAUGAUGAGGAACAACCGAAGUGGAUAGAUAGACAGUCAAGGAGAGACAAGUCGAGAGCAAAACCCCCUUCAAAAAGAGCUAAAGAGGCAUGAACAGAACUGAGGCCAGAUAAAUGCGAGAUCAACUGGCAAGAAAUCUUCAAAUUGAAGCAAUCGACGGUUUGUCCGAUGACCGAAACAAUAGCAGACAACCGUACAUGCAUACAAACACACACACACACCCAUACUUACAUACACAGCAAACACAUAUCAAACAAAUCUUAACGCAUUUCUUUUAAUUGAAUAAAUAAGCAGCCUAACAAAGUUUUCUAUAUAAAAAUUAAUUAAACGAAGGCAUAUUGUCGAUUAUUGCUGCUGCAAAUAAGCCAAGUUACCCUCCUUCAAAAAUAAGCACCACACUACAUACGGCCGUCCAAGAAAUCGAAUUUAAAUUUCACUUAAUUACAACCAAACAACUGCUGUGUUUUUAUCUAGUAAACGAGGAUUGGAAUUCCCUUCGUACUGCCCAGCCCAACCCACUUCAGUUUGUAUUUGUCAUCCGUUGUGGCCUUGAGGCUUCCCAGAAAUCGUCGCAUUUCAAUUUCACGCUUGCCACUUGCCUGCUCUUUGCCUACCGGCCACUUGGUGCGGUAAAUCGUUGGUCCACCCCCACUGCUUGCCUGCUUGAACGUGUGAAGAAUUUAUGAAGAUUCCGCAAUUGAAUGCUAAUAAAUAAUGUGCGAUUUCUAAACAAAUCGGGAGGCAGCAGUCAACAUAACAAAAAGAAAUAAGUACGUGCAAAUUUAGAGAGAGAGAGAAAAAAAAAAGAACAAACAUCGGUGAAACAUUUCAAUGUAAACAUUCAAACCCCUGGAACCGGAUAAUCUACAAAAGCAGCGGCCAUCAGUCCAGCCACCCAACUACUUAAAAUACUCAUACAUACGCGUUUGAUACACACGUCAACAUCAACACCACCACCACCGCCUGCCGUACUGGCCUUCCCCCAACACCAAGUACUGCCACGAUCAAUUAGUGGAGGAGCAGCAGCAGGGCGCAAAUAUCAAUCCGUACAAUACACGCUUUCGCGCUAUAACUGUUAUUACAUUUCAUAUUGAACACUGCGUCAUAGCCCUGUGGGGGAUACCAAAUAAGCAAAACUUUUAGGCACGAGUAUAGAGCUUGCCUCAAAUUUGCCAGGACUACGAUCGCAUAGAAAUAUAUGGCAAAUUAAUGAUCGUGAAAAGAAUUCGAUCAUAUUACCUGCAGACAUACAGUUGUUCGAAAUAACGCAAAAUGUUACGUCGCAAUAAACAACGCACAGUGCAAUGCAGCACAAUCUUGCGCACUAUAUGGUCCUCAAAGUCAACGCUGUGUUUUAUGUCGCUAAUCUCCAUGUUCUUGGGGAUGUCUUUAAUGGUUUGUGUCGGCUUAAAUCCGUUUUGCUCAUCCAGUGUUCUAGUGAGUGCUAGCCAAUCGGGCAUUUAUGUUGACAAUGGGCGAGAUCAAACGGUGGUGCAUCAUAUACUCGAUGAGGAGGAAAAAAUGGCAGCUGCAUACGAUAUUUUGGAGUUUUUAGGAUUACCCGAUCGUCCCAGAAGGAAGCAUGGACAUUUGUCUUUAAGGAAAUCAGCUCCACAAUUCCUUUUGGAUGUCUACCAUCGACUCAAGGAGGAGGAAAAUGAAGAUGAGCCGCCAACUUCAGUUCGUUCUAAACGGGACCUACAAGAACAGGAGAAUUUUAUAACAGAUCUCGAUAAAAGAGCAAUCGAUCAAAGUGAUAUUAUAAUGACAUUUUUAAAUAAAAACCACCACGUUGAUGAGAUACGUCAUGAGCAUGGACGUCGUUUGUGGUUUGAUGUUUCCGAGGUACCCGAAGAUAACUAUCUUAUGAUGGCUGAACUGCGUAUCUAUCAAAAUCCUGCCCAGGGUAAAUGGGCCACUAGUGGCAGAGAUUUUACCAUCAAUGUCUACUCCAUAGUCAAUACGAAUGGCCAUGAUCUGGAUUUGGAGUUAUUAUCCUCAGUGAACACCACUGCCGACUACCAAGGCUGGCUGGAGAUGAAUGUCACCGAGGGUUUGAGUGUUUGGUUGCGACAACCCAAGGAAAAUAACAAAGGACUAUACAUAGGAGCUCAUCCCCUGCAUAAACCGGAAAGGGAAAUUAAAUUAGAUGACAUUGGUUUGGUGCACCCGAAAGGCGAUGAUGAGUAUCAGCCAUUUAUGAUUGGCUUCUUCCGUGGCCCAGAGCUACUCAAGCAAGGCAACAAACAUCAUAGUCGGCGAAAGCGCGACACUCAUUCACGACGCAAAAAGAAGUCUGAUAUGGGCAAUCCACUAAUGGAUGGUCCUGGAGAAGGUACUCGAAGUUGUCAAAUGCAAACACUGUACAUUGAUUUUAAGGAUCUAGGAUGGCGUGAUUGGAUCAUUGCUCCUGAAGGUUAUGGUGCUUAUUACUGCAGUGGUGAAUGCAAUUUCCCUCUGAAUGCCCACAUGAAUGCCACCAAUCAUGCGAUUGUCCAAACUUUGGUGCAUCUCUUGGAGAAAAGCAAAGUGCCCAAGCCCUGCUGUGCUCCCACCCGAUUGGGAGCCCUCCCAGUACUCUAUCACCUGAAUGAGGAAAAUGUCAAUUUGAAGAAAUACAAAAAUAUGGUAGUGCGAAGUUGUGGUUGCCAUUAGAGAAACAAAAAAACAAACAGAGAAGCUAGAUGUGAAAUUAUUCUGAGAUUAAAUUUAAGCCAUAUUUUGCGUAACAAAUCUAAAGAUUGUAAUUGUCGAAUUCUACUUAAAUGAACGAUUUUUAAAUGUUUUUUUAUAAAUUUUUGUGAAAAAAAAAUUAUUCUGUGGAUAUGAAUAUAAAACUUAACUAAAUUGACAAGGUACACCAUUGUAAUAGUAUACAAAAUAAAAAUUUGUUUCAGUUCUCAAACAAA